UGUUUAAAUGCUCGUUACAAGCUUCUUCUUGUGAUUUGGUAAACUAAUAACAGUGUUAGAAAGCAAACUUUGUGAUGAGUCAGCCUGCUACAAAGGCUGUUCCUGACGUCACCAUUGUAGCUGGGCUUGGUCUGGCCAACUUUAGAGAUGACACUCUUAUCAUGGAGGAGCCCAGUGCUGCCUCCACUGCUGGACAUAAAUGUACCAGACAAGAUCUGAUCGAGAGGAAGUGUGCUGAACAUAUGGCCAAAUUCGAACUGAAGAUUCAAGCCGGGGCCAAAGUCCAAGAGCGAGCUCACGUCCGCGGGUCUAAUUUCCCCAGCAAAGAGGACAUUCAAAUCGGCGAAGACACAAUAUCCUUCAAAUUACUCAAUUCACAACAUUCAACUGAAGAAAAUGAUUCUUUUGACCUAACGCAAAUCCCUCGAAAAUCCACUCAACCGUCUGAGUCGCGCAAUGAACUUCUGAAGCAUCCUGCCGCGGCGCCUCCAGCUAAACAACCAGUAACGCUCACUAGGUCCUGCCCUGUGAGCAACUGGGGAGAAAAUCCUUCGUUCGUGCCCAUUAACCAUGCCAGCCUGGGACAAGAAUCUGCCAAGAAUAAUCCAGCAUUACAUCAAGCCAGCUCCAGAGGCAUCAUCUCGUCCGCGGAGGAGCCCAGGCGAACUCAGACAGUCUUCUCGCCGGUCCUUCUCGAGGUCCCCCCAGCGCUGGGAGAAAUCUCUCCGCCAAAGAGCUUCAAACAGCGCUUAUGGGAGGCCAAAAGAAUGCCCAGGCUCGAGGAGGCCGUUGCAGAGCCUGCGCUCCCACCUCCAUGUCAUGACUCCAGAACACAUGAGCUCCAGGCUCCUGAACGUCUCCAGGUGCACUCCAGCUGCGCACGUCCUACGCAAGCUGUGCCUAGAACUGUCGACGAUGCGCAAGACGAGUCUGUGAGCUGCGAGCUGCUGUCGCUGAGCGUCCUGCGCGGCGUGGCUGAGGACACGAGCUCCACGUGGCUGCUGCCUUCGCCCUGUGGCCUCUCGCGCUCCAUCGCCCCUCAGCCCUCCAUGCUCCACACAGGCGAGGCGGACGACUGGUCGGCGCCGCCGCUGCUGAAGUACACCGCCAGCGACGUGCCUUGGAACCAGCCCCAGCUGAGCAGCGGUGGUCUGAUGUCGGAGGAGCAGGACGAGGCCGCGCAGGUCGCAGAGCUGCUCGAGGACGAGCAGUUCGGUGCGCUCGACAUCGACGAGCUGGCGGAAGACGAGCGCCUCUGCAGCACGCUCAUGUUGCCGCCCUCCGCUGACAUCACCGGCCUCUGCGAGGUCAACGAGAUCACCGUCAGGGAGUCGUGGCUGGGCGGCAGGCAGGCGGGGGUACGGCGCAUGCCUGUGGACGAGUACCUGAUGGCGGGCAGCCUCGCCCUGGGCUCCCUCAGCGGCAGCAGCCAGCGCCCCAGCUUCGGCAUGCAGCGUCCUGAGACACACAACCAACACUCCACGCACCAGUCUCUUGAGGAGGGCUUCGAAACUGCCACAGCAGAAGGCCACGCUAGUUGUGAACGGCCACAAUCUAAAGACCUUUGUGAGGAAAAUAGGCUUAAUUCGAGAGGUGGAGGCAUUGUGGCAUCUGAGAGUGCUUGUGUGUUCCAGUCAAAUGUUCGUCAAGCUGAAAUUCUGACCAAUGCUGAUGGACGAAGUAAUGUAAAUAUGGAAAGUCAAUCGUAUUCUCAUGCAUCCAAGUUACAGCUGGGAGUUUGUACGAGCGCUGGUGUACAGAAGGCAGGUGCCGUCGCAGCCUCUGGAGGAUGUUUUAACGAGUUACGUCUUGGCCGAGAAGCGCCUUCUUCAGAAGAGUUGAAGGCCGUCGGCUCUCGCGCACGCGAGUGUAGCAAACAAGUAGCCCCUCCUACUACUGAAGGCCUCUCUUAUGCCAGAGUUCCUGUGACGUCCAGCCACUCUGAUUUACAAGACACUAAACGCGCAGAAAAUGUGAGUCAAAUUCAUCCGCCUCAUAAACAGUUACUUAAAAAAUCUUCCUCUGCGACUACAUGUAACGCGAAUGAGACAAGCUCUCAAGUAGAGCGCCUAGCAAAUAAUGACAGAUUCGGUCGACCUUCGAAGCUCUGUGAAGCGCAGAGUAAUUUCCGUUCUCAGAGUCAGACGAACUUGUCGGAGUCGAAUCCUAAGAAUGGCGGCAUUGUAGUUGAGAGAAGCGUCUCUCAGAAAACAUUUGGAAACGAGACACGAAGUCUUCGUGAGCAGCUAGCGAAGCGCGAUUUAGAUGCCAUCAAGCACGCUCUUUUGAACUUGAGAGACACUUCAUCGCCAGGCACGAUGCAGUCUGUUGUGUUGGGUGCAGUUAGUGAGCAAGCCACGGACUGCACGGCAAGUGUCAACGCUACCUUACAGGAGUCUGUGCUGGACGCGAGCAUGGAGAUCGAGCUGCUGCGAAAACAGAAGGAAGCCAUCAAGAGCAAGUUCGCCAAACCAUCUGCAGACGCUGGACGUGCCAACUUGGAAGCGCUAAGAAAAACAACACAGCAAGACGCUGGAUUAGCCGCAUGCGGCUCUGUUCACCAUGCAGCUCAGAAUGUUCCUUCCCGGCAGUUAGGCAGUAAGGGCUUGCCGGUGCAGAAAGAAGUUGAUGUGCCCAACAUGCCCCCUCCGCGUGAGGGUCAUGAGGUCCUAGCGUCUCGUGACGCGCCCUUUGUUACGGACGACACGGAGCGCGCUAGUCUCGACGACACCAUCAGGCUGGAGCCCUGCCUGCAGCAGUCGCAGUGUGUGCAGAGCUGUUUCAAUGGCGCUCAUGAGGACGAGCUGCUGGACCUGGAGGAAACACCAGCUUUCCACAACCUGACGCUGUACGAGGAGCCUGGUUGCGUGAGCACGUGCGAGCGCGUGAGCGUGGAGGGCUGCGUGGUGGGGGUGAGCACGUGGUUGAGCGUCCCCCUGCACAACCCCACCGACCUGCCCCUCAACCUGCACGCCGCCGUCAUCAGCGAGACUUUCAACCACAAGAACGUCGUCGCCUCGUCCUUCGUCUUCAAGCAGGGGCGCGUGAUACUGCCACCUCGCCAGAACCUCGUCUGGGCGCUGGGCAUCUGUGCCAGGGCCGCUGGAGUGGUUCAAGGCUCGCUACAGCUGCAGCUGAUGCACCAAGGGAGACAGGAGCCUCUCGUGACACAUGUGGUGCCCAUCACUGCCACGGCAACACUACCGCAAGUUACCAUAGGAGACUCCAGACCCCUGGAAGUUGGUUCUGUACCCGAGGGCUUCACAUACGACGCGCAGUUUGAAGUGCACAACAAAACAAAGAGCUCCCUGCGCGUUGUGCUAAGCCUCGUGCAGGCCUUCUCGCAGCCCGUGUUCCGACUAGUGUCGCCGCCUGAGGGUGGUGUCUUGUCACCGUUUGAAGUCGCGUGUGAUCUGGCGCCAGGCACCAACACCUUCAGCAUGCAGAUCAUGGCACCGAACUUGAGCAACGUCGGUAAUGAGUCCAAGGAAACCAUAAAAAUGAGCUGCAGACUUCAAGUUAAACUCGACUCGCGCGUACUCCCUCGGCCAGUGCUGGCGAGCGAAAGCGUGAGCGUGGACGUGGUGGCCGUGCACCUUCACUUGUCACGCUCUUGUGUGCCCCUGCGUCUACAGGCUGAGGUAGACUCUCACGCCUCAGCCCCUCUCACGCUCAAGAACUUAUCGUGCAUACCAUUGUCUCUGAAGCUGAGGUGCGAUGACGCGGGGCGCGGCGACGGAAGCUGCAGCGCCUCCUUGGCCAUCGUGCCCGACCGUCUGGUCAUCCAACCGAAUGCUCUCGUGUCGCCCGUCGUGGUUUUCACGCCCCUUGGGGAGGUCACGAGCUUCACGGCUACCGUGGUCAUUCAGGUCGAGCCUCAUGGUUUGGAGUAUGAAAUUCCAGUUGAGGUAUCUUCAGUUUUGACUGACAAUAAAUUCAGCGAUACGAAUACCGGGCUGACUGACAAAGUUGAGAGUUCAAAUAAAGAGGACAAAGGCACUGAACUUACAGGUGAAGACUCCGCUCCCGCUAUGGAGUUACAAUACCCAAUAGAAGCGAGCAAGACGCGGCUGGUGUUUGGAUGUGUAGAUACUGGGACGGUCACGCACCAGAAACUGUCGUUCUGUAACCGCAACAGCGCGGACCUCGUCCUGAGCUACAACGUCGCAGGAUCUCCGUGCUUCUCAGUGGCGGAGCCUCGAGACGCCACGAGUAUCGUGGUGCCUGCUGGUGGUGUGGCUGCCGUGGUCGUGGCCUUCUGCCCCAGUAGCGUGGACCUUCACACCGCCAAGCUGGUCUGCAAGCCCCGGGGCCUUGUCAACCAAAGGGUCAAGUAUAGCAUCCAGCUGCAGGGGUACGGAGGUCGGGGGGCGCUGGAGACGCCGGACCAGCAGCUUCAGUUGCACCCCACCAACGCCGGCGCCCCUGCCAUCCUGCACCUGGCGCUCACCAACCCCGGCGUCCGCGCCGUGUGUGUCGCCGUCUCUGCCCACUCAGACUCGUCGUGUAGCGUGCGUGCAGAGGGCGUGAUGGUCACGCCAGAGGAGCUCGUGCUGUCGCCCGGACAGUGUCAGAACCUGAUGGUGGUUGUGUCUGCUGACAACGACGUGUGGCGUGGAGUCGGUACGGGCGUGGGGUGCCUGCUGCUAGCGUACAGCGAGGAGCUGCUCAGGCGCCGGUACAGAGCGCGUCUUGCCGAGGGCUGUAGUCGCGCCCUCAGCGUCAGCCGCGCGCUACCCACCGACUGGAACGUCACCCUCAGGGGCGAGAAGGCGCUCGCAAUCGACGACUCGCUGCCAUCGCACCCUGACGACGCUAAAAUAUUCUUAGCUUCGUGCCGCUAUAUCAAGGUACCUGUGGUGAACAGCGCUCUUCCUAGCGGCAACCACGAGGCUUCGUUGACUUUCUUCUCGCCUCUCAACGCCGACUCGACGUUAAGCCAAACGUUGACUCCCACAACGUCUUGCGUUACAAACAACACUUUCCCUGCAUCAGCCUACAGCUCGUCAUCAAGCUCGUCGUCGGCGGAGAAUACCUUGCUCCCCACGCGAGACGAUGACUCACUGGACAGUAGUGAUGUCUCUUACAAAAACUUGGCUAAGCUAAGUAAUCAGCAGGUCGCCGCUACCCAUGAUUCAGGAACCCGAACUCAUGCUCUGGAGAAGAACGUUAUUGUUCCCGCCACCGCUAGUAACGACUUGAAUAAAUCAGGUGCUUCUCAUUCUGAUGAGUUCACCAACAGAGCCAUUCCGGACACGGGGCAGAUGCGACGUGGUCAGCCUGCUCUGAAAAGUGGCAGCACGAAUUGGCCACCCAGUAACGCUCAAACAGCUGCUGGGAAACCAUUUCUUAGUGAGAGCGACUCAGAACGCGAUGAAACUGUGGACUCUACUGAUCUCCGGAGUAUGGAAAGCAACUAUGGCGCCGGCAUCAAAUUUAAUAGGAAAAGCGAUGAGAACAACUUGAACGUGCGGUGUAGUGACAGUAACAAGGAUAAGACAGCCCUUACUCGUCAAAACAGAGAGGCGUCUUGCGUGGGCGCGACCUGUGCUGAGAUCAGCAAUAACCUGAUGUCACCGCAGCGCGUACUGAAAAACUCGAUGGCUGUUAACGUACCUGCGCCUGGAAGAGCCUUACAACCCUCCGGCUGGACGUCUCACGACAGCGUAGACAAGGAGAACCGUUCACAAGAUGAAGAGGAAGCCUGCUUUGAGGUGUACCCUGACGAACUCAGUAUUGAGUUUGGUGUCACCGCUGCGCUGGUGCUCGUAAAUAAAACAAAUCUACAGCUCAACUUCCAGAUCACGUGUUCCCACUCUUGUCUCCCUCAGAUCACGUGUUCCCACUCUUGUCUCCCUCAGAUCACGUGUUCCCACUCUUGUCUCCUCGUGGAGCCCGUAGCGCUACAUGUCACCGCCCAUAGCUCGGCCAGCGCGCGGCUACGGCUGCUGCAGCAGCUACACUCCCCCGCCUUCGUUCUCCUCACCGUGAAGUGCAACAGGACGGAGCAGUUCGUGAAAGUGACGUGCCUGCCCGGCGCCAGACCUGCGAAUGAUCUUCCUGAAAAACGGACGGGCAUAUCGGGACUUGAGGUUGGACUCACGAAAAUGCAGUUUCCCAUCACAAGAGCUGGGAAGCAGAGCUACAUUAAACUCCCACUCAAGAACUUGUCCAACAGCAACAAACAGGUGACGGCAGCAGUCACUUCAGGCGUGGACGCGUUCAUCGUGAAGCACCCGCAGUUCCUGGUGAAAGUUGGCCACUUCGUGAACGUGCCCGUCUACUUCCGACCCCGCGCCCCUGGGACCCACCAGGGCGCGUUACGGCUGCUGGCGGGGCACGACGAGGAGACGCUGGUGGUGCUGGAGGGCACAUGUCCGUAGCAACAUGGCCGUAGCAUCAUGUCCGUAACAACAUGCCAUUAGCAACAUGCCCGUAGCAACAUGCCCGUAGCAACAUGCCCGUAGCAUCAUGCCCUUAGCAACAUGUCCGUAGCAACAUGCCCGUAGCAACAUACCCGUAGUAACAUGCUCGUAUCAUCUCGCUGCUUGUGGUAACUCAGGAAUUGCAGGGAAUGUGCUGAUGUUUCCUUACAUCGUCUUCUGCCCCACAUGAUUCAUGGAAAUAUUUCCAUGUAAAUGGCAAUUCAUAUUGAUUUUAAAACUUAAAUUUGUAGAUACUUGAAGUAAAUGUGCCUUAAAAUAGAAUACUAGUUGUUAAUCCCGCCUGUAUCUGGUGCUCAUUUCCAUAGCUGAGAAUGUUGUACUUAUUCAGUAGGGUCCUUCUCUACUUCAAUUGUGCUGUGUUCACUUGUUGACUGAAGUAGCGAACUCUUUUCAUUGCGUUUUUAAAAAAACCAGCUCUACUUCAUUUCUGAGAAGUUAGACAGUUGUUUGCUACGCUUCAACUGCUCGUAUCGUGCAGAAAUCAACUGCGAGAGCAAAUCCUAUUUAUCAUGUACGGUGCUACGUACAAAAUAGGCAUUUUAAUUUGUCGUUUAGAUCUCAUAUGUGAUUCAAGUAAAGGCGAUACAGUUUCCCUACCAAUGCGAAAGUUAACGCUUUUAUGGCUCAUCUCAAGCUGUUGCCAUUAAAAUGAUCAUUUAUUAAUACAAUUUAUGAAAUUUUGUUAGUAGUAAGAACUCGAGACUGCGUAUUAUGAACAUAACGUCCAUGGGACCCGUAAUCUCGACACGGAAACAGAAAAUGAAUAUCAAAUAUAUUCGUGCUCAUUUCCUAUGAACUAUCAGUGCGGUAAAGCAUUUGUACCGUCACGACAGUCGGCGAGAAUUACGCGUCACUGCAAAGAACGUGUUAGUUUUUCAUCAAUGUAAUUGAUGGUGUUUUUAAAAACUUCAUUUGGCUCGGGAGUUAGUGUAUUGUAAAGAAUGUUCCUCAAUAUUCUUUUGUGUAUACUUGACUUCAAUUAUUUCAUUGUACUCCUAAGUCAAUUGUAUUGCAUUCCGAACAGCUUUACCGACGAUGUUUUAAGCCUAUAGUCAAAAUAAAGCUUCGUACAUCUUU